UUGGCAAACGUUUACAAUUGUACCUCUGAAUCAGUAAGUAAGAUAACUACAGUAAUCCUUCAGAUUUUUCCGGAUUAUUUUUUAGAAAGAUAAAAUGGCGGCAGAAAGUGAACUUUUGAUGUUGGCAAUUCAAUGUGGAGCAUAUAUUGCACUUCCUGUAUCAUUGACCCUAUUUUGCGGUGGAAAAAAGAAAAAAGCUGCUGCAGCUUCGUCAUCUGCUGAAAAAGGAUCACAAGUUGAAAGCUCGACUGGUGGAGUUGGAGGCGGAGCAGCAAGUGCGCCAUCUCCAGCUGCUGGAGGCGGACCAAAAGCGCCAGCUGAUAAAAAUGCGCAAGCUGGAACUUAUGAUCCAAAUUAUCAGACAUUGGCUGGAGUUGAUGGAAACUGUUUUGGAAAUAAAGCAGGAGGAGCAGCACCAGCUGGAGGAGCAGCUGCACCGGCUGCGGGAGGAGCUGGACCAAAAGCACCUACCGCUGGAGGACAAAUGGCUGCAACUCAUGAUCCAAAUUAUCAAACACUCGCUGGUCUUGGUAAUGACUGUUUUGCAAACAAAGGAGGUGGCGCUGCUGCGGGAGGAGGAGGAGGUAAUCCACCACCACCAGCUGCACCUGCACCAGCUGCUGGAGGAAAACCACAAAUGGCUGCGACUCAUGAUCCAAAUUAUCAAACCUUGGCUGGAUUGGGAAAUGAUGUGUUCAAAAAAUAA